AUGUCUGCUCUUGUAUCCGGACCCAUCUCCCGGGCGGCUGUUGCCCCAAUCACCGACGUCAAUGUCAACCUUGUUGCUGCCCCAGCACUGCCGUCUGGCUUUCCGUCUCACCUCGACAGCGAGCUGGCCUGGACUCCCGCCUCCCUGGCGGUGGCCGCUGACUUUAUUCUUCGUCUGAACGAGGAUGACAUCACGGAGGUGAAUGCGGCUGUUGCUCACUUCAAGACCCUUGACCAGGAUGGAGAUCUCGUUGAGCCUACCAACUUCCCUCUCCCUACCCUUGGGCCGAAGCUCGAGAAGCUCGGCCGCGAGGUUCACAACGGGAAGGGGUUCUCUGUCAUCCGCGGCCUCAAGCCUGCAUCCUAUCCUGUUGAGGAUCUCAGCCUGGUUUACCUUGGCCUUUCAUCGUACAUUGCCGAGCAGCGCGGUCGCCAGGACAAGCGUGGCAACAUGCUGGUCCACAUCGUCGCUGACAACAGCACCAAGUUGGCCGCCGAGCACCACAGACACUCGAACAAGUCGAUUACUUUCCACCAUGAGGAGGCUGGAGAUGUCAUCAGCUGGUUGACUCGCAGCACUGCUGCUGCCGGCGGAAAGUGUAUUAUUUCCUCGGCCUACACCGUUUACAACGUUCUUGCGGCCACUCGCCCGGAUAUCAUCCGUACCUUGGCUCGCUCUGAUUGGCCAUUUGCGCUUCCUCGCUUCCAGUGCCGUCCUGUCAUUUUCUACCAGGAUAACAGGUUGAUUAUGAACUUUGGCCGUGCUGCUCUCCUCGGCAAUGAGGCUCAUCCCCGGUCCAAGAACCUCCCAUCCCUGACCAGCAGUCAAAUGGAGGCUUUGGAUGCCAUUGAGUCCAUUGCUCGGGCUACGGAGAUGGAGAUUCAAACUCAGGCCGGCGACAUUCAUUUCAUCAACAACCUGGCCAUCCUCCACCGUCGUGAGGGCUUUACUGACGGUCCCACGGAGAAGCGCCACCUCGUCCGCAUGCGUCUUCGCAGCUCCCGAGAGGGCUGGACCAUUCCCACCGCUUUGGAGCAUGAGUGGGAGCGUGCCUUCAAGGAGCAGGGCACCAAGAACUGGCACCUGGACCCCAUGCCCGAUUUCUACUUUCCUCUUCGUUCUCAGCCUAACUAG